CUCCUUUUCAAAAUGAAGCCUGGACGCCAUCUUCGGAGUGUCUCUUCUGAGUUCUGAUCUCUCUCUGCAAUGGAGAAGGGCGAGAGCUCCGCGUCCGAGCAAGAAUCGGAAGGAAAGCACCCGACCCAACACCAUCUCACACCGCCGUCGGGUUUGACCCACGACGAGUUCGAGCAGCUCAAGCACUUCGUGACGGAGCACCACACCUACUUGGUGGGCCCGAGGCAAUGCUCCUCCUUACUCGCUCAGCGAAUCAACGCUCCGAUGGACACCGUGUGGUCCGUCGUCCGCCGUUUCGACAAGCCUCAGACCUACAAGCACUUCAUCAAGAGCUGCGCCGUCCCGGAGGGUUUCCAAAUGACGGUGGGGUGCACGAGGGAGGUGAAUGUCAUAUCCGGUUUGCCGGCGGCCACCAGUACCGAGAGGCUGGAUAUACUGGACGAAGACCGGCACGUGACGGGUUUUACUAUCACCGGAGGGGAACACCGGCUGAGGAAUUACCGGUCAGUGACGACGGUGCACGGGUUCGAGAGUGACGGGAAGAUCUGGACCGUGGUUUUGGAAUCAUACAUCGUGGAUGUGCCGGAGGGUAACACCGAGGAGGACGCUCGUCUGUUCGCAGAUACCGUUGUGAAGUUGAAUCUGCAGAAGCUUGCCUCCGUCACCGAAGCGAUGACCCGUGACGGUGACGGUAAGUCGUAGUUGGGGUGAACCCAAUUUGUUUUUUUUUCCCCCGUUUAUUUUGGAAAAAAAAAUAACACGAAUUGAGGGUUGUAACCUCCUUAAAAAAAAAAAAAGCAAAAGGGAAAAGAAUUUUUAUGCGGAAGCUUUGUUGAAAUUUUCUCUGGGGGUUUUAAUUUUGGGUGAGCCUGUGAAGUUUAAUUUUAAUUUACAUAUAUCAAUAUCACCAAGCUUCCUUUUGUUUUGGGUGGAUUGACUGUAAUGCCUGUGAUUGAUUGGGAGGAGUUUAUGUCUUUGUUGGGGGGAGGGGACGAACAACGUUGAAAAUUGUUGUUUUGGUUGCUACUCCAGGGUAAGGGCAUUUCAGUCAAUGCAUUGUACAGGAAAUGUUGACUUCUGGAUGUUGAUGUGUUUCAAGUUUAACGCCGUUUUUUGUUAUUAUUGUUUGCACCUUUAA